UUUAUGUGGAAUGGACCGAUUCCAGUGGUGAACAUUGCGGAACCAGAGCUGGUGAGAGAAGUGUUUAUGAGGAUAAACGAGUUUGUGAAGCCCAAGGCGAACCCCUUUUUCAAACACAUUUCCUCUGGCUUGGUUCAAAUUGAAGGUCAAGUAUGGGUCAAACGCAGAAAACUCCUCAACCCAGCUUUCCACAUGGACAAGCUUAAGUUAAUGCUUCCUGCAUUUUAUGAAAGCUCAUCGGUUAUGAUAAAAGAAUGGGAAGAGAAGGCUUCAAAGACGGGGUCUUGUGAGGUAGAUGUAUGGAUGUAUCUGCAGAAGCUAACAGCAGAUGUGAUUUCUAGAGCCGCAUUUGGAAGCAGUUAUGAAGAAGGGAAAAGAAUAUUCAAGCUCAUAAGAGAAGAAGUAAAAAUUGCUAUGCCACUUAUAGAUUCUCUUUAUAUCCCUGGAUGGAGGUUUGUCCCAACUAAAACAAAUAUGAAAGUGGAAAAGAUUUACCAGGACAUACGAAAUCUACUAAAAGAUAUUAUUCAGAAGAGGAAGAAAGCAAUAAAGGAAGAAGAAAAACUAAAGGAUGAUUUGUUAGGUUUACUAUUGAAUUCAAGUUUACAAGAAAUUGAAAAUGGGAAUACGAAGGAGAGUUAUACUAAGUUGAAUCUUGAAGAAGUUAUUGAUGAGUGCAAGAUAUUCUACUUAGCUGGCCAAGAAAGUACUUCUUCAUUACUUUCAUGGACACUAAUGUUGUUGGGAAACCACCAAGACUGGCAAGUGCGUGCACGAGAAGAGGUUUUAAACAUGUUUGGAAGUCAAGUUCCGGAAUUUCAUCAAUUAAACCAUUUAAAAACAGUCAAUAUGAUUCUACAAGAGGUUCUCAGAUUAUAUCCACCGGUGACUGAAUUGACUCGCACAGUUACUAAGGACAUAAAAAUCGGAGAAGUGUUCUUGCCUUCCGGUGUGUUAGUGAAUCUUCCGGUACUCCUAGUCCAUCAAGAAGAAGAACUUUGGGGAUAUGAUGCUAAGGAAUUCAACCCGGAAAGGUUUAAUGAAGGUAUUUGUAAGGCAAGUAAAGGGAAUAUGUCAUUUUUCUCAUUUGGUUGGGGACCAAGAAUAUGCAUUGCGUCCAACUUCGCCAUCACUGAAGCCAAAUUGGUUUUAUCUUUAAUUCUGCAACGCUUUUCUUUUGAGCUUUCUCCAAAAUAUUUUCAUGCACCUUCUGCCGCUGGAACUCUUAGACCCCAAUUUGGUGUUCCGAUUAAGUUUCAUCGGCUAUAAGAAUGUUGCACAAAUUUAUAGAUACAUAGCUUGGAAUGUUGCAUCAUAAAUUCUAAGCUACAAUGCUUUGAAACUGCCAAUUUGUUUAAUGGUAGGAUACAACGUACACUUUGAAGUUUGCAAAAUAAUAAACGUCAUAUUUAAUAAGAGUUGAUUUUUUUUUUUUUCAAUCAAGCAUGUAGCUGUUUUAAUAUAUAAGAGCAUACUCAUUA